AUGGACCUUAAAUCCGGUACAUUACUCGUACCACCAGCUGUUAAAAAUUCAAAUUGUUCACAUCCCCGCUACAAUUCACAUAACUUUUUACAAAACAUCGGCAUUGCCGAAACUAUUGAAGCCGUACUCAUACUCAUUUUGACACUGGGUGUUAUUGGAGCGAAUGCCUUGGUCAUCUUUGUUAUAAAUAGUAGACGUUAUUCACCCUACAUACAUCAACAGCCACGUUAUUUACUAACAUCAUUGGCCUUAAAUGACCUCACCAUUGGUUUGCUUAUCACACCGUUUGGUGUAUUGCCAGCGUUGUUCCAUUGUUGGCCAUAUGGUGAAAUAUUUUGCCAGAUACAGGCCUUAUUACGCGGUGCUCUCUCACAACAAAGUGCGGUAAUAUUAGUUUGUAUGGCAAUCGAUAGAUACGUGUGUGCUUUACAUCCGCGUAGAUAUUAUCAGCACUCCAGUAAAAAGGGUUGCGUUGCCAUACUUAGUCUUACUUGGAUUAUCAGUCUGACAAUAUUUGGAUUUUUGGUUUUACCAAAAGGUUACUAUUUUAAUAAUACAGGUCUUAUGGCUUGUGAGCCAUUUUAUAGUAAACCAUCGUAUCGUAUAUUGGCCACAUGUGCCUUUUACUUCCCCACCACCAUGGUACUGAUGUAUUGCUAUGGUUCUAGCUUUCAUAUGAGUCGUUUCAGACUUAAUGAUCCAACGAUGCCUUUAACUGCUGCCGCUCAUCAUCCGGCUUAUCAACAUCAUCCACUGCAUCAUUAUUAUCAUUAUCAGCAUACGCAUCCACAUCUACAUCAUUAUCAUCAUCAUCAGCAUCAGCAGCAUCGUGGCAGCGGUGGUAGUAUCAGUGGGGGUGCGGGCGGUGUUGCUGGCGGUAUGAUUACUGCAGCUGGUGGCUCUGGUGGUGGGGCCAAUACACCCUCAACAAUGCUGCCAAAUACACCGGUAAUGAACUUAAGCAUGGCCAUGAGCAUGGGUUUGGGUCUAAAUACUCCAGCAAAUUCCGUUACGAAAAAGAUGGUCCCAAUACAGGAAAAGAAAUCAACUGGCUCGACGUCACGUUCAAUGGCUACAAUUUCAUUGGGUUUCAUUGUUAUGGUUACACCCUGGACAAUACAAGAAAUUGUAACAGCGUGCACGGGAUCAAAGUUACCUCCUUUUCUGGACUUUCUGGUCACCUGGACUGCCUUAAGCAAUAGUUUUUGGAAUCCCUUUAUGUAUUGGCUGUUAAAUGCGGAUUUUAGACGUUUAAGCAAACAACUCAUGGUCUUACGAUGUAAUGGCCAUGAGGACACACCCGAACAAAAAUCACCAUGUUGUCAUAUAAAUUCAGAUAUUGAAAUCACCACACUACCAAUGCCACCCGAACCGCCAUCAUCAAGGCCACCACACAAUAAUGGUAGCGGAGUAGGAGGAGGAGGCGGUACAAAUAGCACAGCUGGCGGUUUGGUGGGAGCAGGCGGUGUGGGUGGUUCUGUGUUGGGCAUUUGUGCCAGAGCACGCAGUAACAGUUUAAAUCGUUCAACAUCAUAUCACAUACGAGAUGGUGGUAUGGGGAUGAAUUCCAGCAAUGGCCAUCAUACACAUCAUCAGCAUGCUUACAACACAGCCACCGUGCGACCCGAUAUAGAAGGUUUAUCCGAAGAAUAUUGGGGUAAAAUAUUAGAACGUACUGUCAGCUCAAAUAGUUUACAUGCGGCCAUGCAAAAAUCCUAUAUGCCCACACAUCAGCAACAACAGCAACAGAAUUAUGCCCAGCAACACUAUCAUGGCCAUCAUCAGCAUGCGUCAGGAGUUAAUAAUCCCAUGAUGAUGAUGACAACAUCAUUUAGCAAACAAAGUGAUCUAAAUCUUCAUAUACGCGAACAUGAUGACAAUUUAGUAGAUUCGGCAAAUAACAUGUCGACGACAAGUGAUCUUAAUAAAUUCUCCACAUCAGAAUCAAAAUUAUGUGAACAUGAACAGUUCCAACAGCAGCAUCAGCUGCAGCAUCAACAACAUCAUCAUGACAUACAUUGUGCCAAAACCAAGGCAAAUACAGAGGCCAAUAAAACAUUGGGUGGUGGAGGAGGAGGAGGAGGUUGUAACUCUUCCUCUAUACCCUGCCCAACAGCAACUACAUUAAGUACAAUGGAUGGAUGUGGCACAUUUACAAAAUGUUCUAAUCAUGGAGGUGGCGGCAUUGGUGCAGCUGCCAGAAAGUCUUUCACUUUAGCCAAAGCCUCCUGUCAUACACCACCACCUACACGUCAUGGUCACACACACUUACAUCAUCAACAGCACCAGCAACAGCCACUGUCACUGUCACACCAGCAACCUCUACAACAGCCACGACACCAAAAUUUACUAUCACGCACCAAAUCAUGUAUCUUUCAUUUUCGACCUUUAACAACAACAACAACGGCAACAACAAAUGCCACCAACAUUGUCAAUGUACCAACAUUUACUGAUGCUGCUGUUGCUGCAACAGCAUCAUCCACAUCCUCUGCUACAUUGGGAAAGUGUAAAGCGCAUUCACAUCUACCACCGAAAUUUGUUACAGUCGCAGUGCCAAUGGCUGAAUACCGGAAAUGA